AGUACAAAUUUCCAUAGUGUGAGAGAAACUAAUUAAAAGAGAGUAGAGUUGUUUGCAACAGUUUUAAGGAAUGAAGGUAGAGAAAAUUCUUCACAUGAUAGGAGGUGUUGGAGGGAAUAGCUAUGCUAAUAACUCCAAGCUUCAAGAAAAGGCCAUCCUGAAGACAAAACCAAUGGUGGAAGAAGCAAUAAGUGACAUAUGCAACACAAUACACACAAACAACUUUGUAGUGGCUGAUUUAGGUUGCUCCUCAGGCCCCAACACAUUACUUGUUCUUUCACAUAUCUCUAAUGCUAUAGAAAAGCAUUAUUGUCAGUACAACCACAAACAACCAGAGAUCCAAUAUUUCUUCAAUGAUCUCCCAAGCAAUGACUUCAACAGUAUUUUUCAGCUUCUGAUGCUCUAUGAGAAGCAAUUAAGAGAAAACAAGGGAGCAGAUUAUGUGAAUCUUUAUGCUGUUGGCUUGCCUGGUUCAUUUUAUGGGAGACUUUUUCCUACAAAGACUGUUCACUUUUUUCACUCUUCUUAUAGCUUGAUGUGGCUAUCUCAGGUACCAAAAGGGCUUGAUGAGAAAAAUUGUGCUCAAUUGAAUAAAGGAAACAUAUAUAUAGCAGAUGCAUCCUCUUCUAUCGUUUACCAUUUGUAUUUAAAUCAAUUUAAGAAGGAUUUCUCAGAAUUCCUUAGAUCUCGUUCUAAAGAGCUUAUUUUUGGUGGAAAGAUGGUAUUAUCUUUUUUGGGAAGAAAAAAUUCUCCAGCUAUUGGAGACCUCUUUAAUCUUUGGAGUCUUCUUGCUGAUGCACUAAAUUCUAUGAUCUCUGAGGGACUUGUGGAAGAGGCUAAAUUAAAUACCUUUAAUCUACCAAUAUAUGCACCAUUGAUGGAGGAAGUGAAAUCAGUUAUUGAGAUGGAAGGGUCAUUUCAUGUUGAUCAAGCACAAAUUUUUGAGUCAAAUUGGGAUCCCUUUGAUGAUUCAACAGAUAAUUUUUUCAUAAAUAGUACUUUAAGUGGACAAAAUGUGGCUAAAUACAUAAGAGCAGUGUUAGAGCCCCUUCUUAUAUCUCAUUUUGGAGAUGAUAUUAUAGAAGAUUUAUUUUCACGUUAUGCACAAAAUAUUGCAAGGCAUAUUUCUAUUGAGAAAGCUAAGUUCGUGGUUUUAAUACUAGCCUUGAAGUUAAAAGAGUGAAGAUCAAGGAGCUUAUGAAUAAGAAUCACUUCAAAUGAUCUGCAUGAAUCAGAAUAAUAAUAUAUUUAUGGCUAAAACCAUUUCUCCAGCAUUAUGAUGUACCCUUUAUUUUGAAUUUAUAGAUAUAUCUUCAUA